CAAGUAAAAACUGCCUUUACGAUCCAAGACUUUCGUACUUGAACCAACGAGAAGACGACCUCUGCAUUAUAGACACUCCGAUCUAUCUGCAAGGUAUUCUUGGCAUCUUUUCGUUAGCAAGUUUGAAACGGUCGAACUGCACAUAUCUGAUUAGCUGCCAAUUUUCUUUAAAUAAGCCAGGAAGCAGCGAGUGAAGUUGUUGAUGACAUUAUUUCUUCAUGCGUCUGUGUAUCAGUAAUCCAUUCAAAUAUCUUGUGCACGACAUGAGUAGCACGAUAAGGUGCAAAAACCGCUCAAGACGGCACAUUGCGGUUGAAAACAGAGCCGAUGGGCCGACAAUCCAACACAAGCGACUAAGCAAAGAAACAUUUGAGCAAACGUGCACCUCUCCUGAAAAACUAAUGGAAUCUUAUCGUAAAAUUUGGAUUGAAACAAAAAUUUAGGUUUCGAAAGACCAAAA